AGUAAGAGAAACAGGGGCAGAUGAUGAAUCUGCCGAAGUGCAUCCACUCAGUCUCUAGUAAUAAUGGAAGUAACACUGCGCUGGGAGGAUGUUAAUUACAGCAUCCGUCGGAAGAAUAGUUCUUGGUGGCGGCGGUGCAAAAGAACACCAGAAAUCCAUCAUAUCCUUCAGAAUGUGUCCGGUGAAGUAUCCACUGGUGAUCUCGUUGCCAUUGUGGGUGCAAGUGGAGCUGGUAAAACCACUCUCUUGGCGGCAAUCUCUAGAAGAAUUCGUGGAAACAAAUUGGCGGGAAAGUUCACUAUCAACUCGAGGGAAGUUGAUCGCGAGGAAAUGACAAGUAUCUCGGGAUUUGUGCCACAGAGUGAUAGUCUGAUCAAUGCUCUGACCGUUGAGGAACAUCUAAUGUUUAUUGGGUUACUCAAAUAUUCCCGGAAGAUGUCACAAAUUCAAAUAAGGACAGCAAUUAAGAAAAUUCUUGUACAACUGGGACUUAACUCUCUAGUUUCUUCGAGAAUUGGGACUCUUUCUGGAGGCGAGAGAAAAAAGUUAAACCUAGCCACAGAGUUACUUGGGGAGCCCUAUUUCUUGUUUUGUGACGAACCUACCACCGGAUUGGACAGUUUCAAUGCUCUUUUAGUGAUAAAGACUCUCAAAAAUCUCUGUGGGAUGGAACAAGAGCCUAGGAAUGGAACAAAUUUCGAGAUGGAAAUCGUGACAUCGGAGAGAGAUCUCUGGGAACCUCAAUCGAAGGCAUUCCCAAAAGGUGUUGUCUGUUCAAUUCAUCAACCAACUUCUGACAUCUUCCACUGUUUCUCUCACAUAAUUCUCUUGCGUGAAGGAAGAAUUGUAUUCCAAGGAACCACAAGAGAAGCUGAAGAUAAGUUCCGCGAAGCUGGUUUUAUUUGUCCAGAAAACUACAAUCCCAUUGAGUAUUACGUAAAGAUUAUUGCUCAACAACCAGGGCUUGAUCUCACGACCAAUGAAUUACGAUCACGAGACUUUACAUCGAGAUCUUUGAGGAUUCAGUCUGGCCACUUUUCAACUCUUUGGAUUCUUCAAGUUUUCUAUCUUCUGCAGCGAUCGAGUUUAAUUACCCGGCGGACAAUGAGAGAGAUCAUCACCAGAAGCGCAAUUUACUUGAUCACAGCCUUUGUCCUGGCGCUUGUGUACGGCAAGGUCACAGGAAAAACGCAAACAUCUAUCCAGGAUGUCGAGGGGGCAGUCUUUAGUCUCUGUACAGAAGUAAUCUUCGGAAAUUGUUAUUUGGUGAUUGUAUCAUUUGCUCCCCAGCUACCAUUGAUCCGGAGAGAAACUGGUGAGAAACUGUUCAGCGUUUCUACUUUUUACACGGCUUCCGUUCUAGAGCAGAUUCCUCGGGCCUUCAUUGAGUCUUUCAUCUUCCUUGGUGUCGUGUACAUGUCCGUGGGUUUUUCUGGUGAUCUUUGGACAUAUUUUCAAAUGGGUAUAAGCUGCUCCUUGGCUGCUGUGGCAUCGAUGGCUUAUGGAUUCAUGAUUUCUGGUGUUUUCGUGAAUGAAAAGAUUGUGCAGGAAGUUUCUGUACCUCUUGAUACUAUUAUGUUGAUCAUGGGUGGAUUCUAUAUCAACGUUAGCAGUCUGCCUUAUCUGAAAUACAUUUCACUGUUUUUCCUCGCCAAUGAAGCACUUUCUGUGCAGGUUUGGCAGGAAAUUGACUACAUUGAAUGCACUACACCAACGAAUUGCCUUCGAAAUGGAACUGAUGUUCUCAACUACUACUCCUUGGGCACUGAUUCAGCCGCAAUCUGGAGAGACUAUUUGGGAUUCGCAAUCUGGUUCACCAUUUGUCACAUCCUCGGUUUUGUUGGUCUCAAACGGUACAUUCAGAAGGAAGGUUUCUACUGAAAAUUUAUUUUUCAUUUCCAAUCAAAUGCUGCGAAAUAAAAUUUAAUUUUUCUUAAGAA